GCCAUCUUUCUAAACAGACCUGCUCACAGUUGGUGCAAAAUGGAGUCUAACGCGAUUGCCAAUCCGCUUCAGGCGAUCAAGUACACCCGGGGCAACUUGCAGCUGCUGGAUCAGCGAUUGCUGCCUUUCCAAACCGUCUACUUAGAGGUACCUGAUGUUAAAGCAGCAUGGACCCAAAUCCGCGAUAUGGUUGUCCGCGGUGCUCCCGCGAUUGGUUGCACUGGCGCACUUGCGAUGGCGGUGGAGCUGAACAACCACAAGGACGCUGGCAAGGCGUUCAGCUCUGUCCAGGAAGCCGUUGACUUUAUUAACACCACGUUGGACUAUCUGGUCACCAGUCGCCCCACCGCCGUCAAUCUGGCGGAUGCCGCCGCCAAGCUCAAGGCCGCCACCUCCGCUGCUGCCGCCGCCCCCGCCGCCACCCCCACCUCCGUGUGUGGCGCCGUCAUUGCGGCUGCGGAGGCGUUUCUGGAGGAGGACAUUGCAGCGAACAAGGCCAUGGGUGCCACCGGCGCCGCCGCGCUGCUGUCCGCCGCCCGCGCCGCCGGCCGGGGUGUGGGCGGGCGGCUGCGGGUGCUCACCCACUGCAACACCGGCAGCCUGGCCACCGCUGGGUUCGGCACUGCGCUGGGCGUCAUCCGGGCGCUGCAUGAGCAGGGGGCGCUGGAACACGCAUUCUGUACGGAAACCCGGCCGUACAACCAGGGUGCGCGCCUCACCGCAUUCGAGCUGGCGCACGACGGGCUGCCCGCCACCCUCAUCUGCGACUCGGCGGCCGCGGCGCUCAUGGCAGCGGGGCAGGUGGACGCGGUGGUGGUGGGGGCGGACAGGGUUGUUGCCAACGGCGACACCGCCAACAAGAUCGGCACCAAGUCGCUGUCCAUCUCCGCCUCGCACUUCGGCAUUCCCUUCUUCAUCGCCGCGCCCACCACCACGCUGGACCCGGAGCUGCCCAGCGGGGAGCACAUCGUCAUCGAGCAGCGGCCGCAGGAGGAGGUGACGCACUUCCGCGGAGUGCGAGUGGCCGCGGAGGGGGUGAACGUGUGGAACCCCUCCUUCGAUGUGGCUCAAGCUCCCCUCAUCGCGGGUAUCAUCACCGAGAAGGGCAUGAUCCCCAAAAAGGAGGGGGCGUUCCAGGUCCGCGACUUCAUGUCCCAGCUGGGCCUCUGGCAGCCGCCCGCCCCCGCCCCCGCGCCCGCCCAAGACCCCACCUCGUCCACCCCAUCCUCCUCCACCGCCGCCGCCACCCCAGCCGGCUUCCGCGCCCUGGAUUGCGAGAGUGUACGACACUUCGUGGCUGCUCGUCCCGGCCUGCAGCAGCGGGUGGGACCGGCAGACAGCGUGGAGAGCUGGAGCGUGCGGGAGGUCGGCGACGGCAACAUCAAUUUCGUGUUCAUCUUGGAGGGCCCCGCGGGGGGGCUGUGUGUGAAACAGGCGCUGCCGUACGUGCGCUGCGUGGGGGAGGACUGGCCGCUCACGCAGGACCGCAUGCGUAUCGAGAGCGAGGCCCUAGCGGAGGAGGCCGCUUGCUGCCCGGAGCACGUGCCUGCAGUACACCUGUACGACCCCGCCAUGGCCCUCAUGGCCAUGCGCUACCUGGCUCCGCCGUACAUCAUCCUGCGGCGGGGGCUGGUGGCGGGGCGGACCUACCCGCAGCUGGCGCCCCACAUGGGGUCGUUCCUGGCCAAGACGCUGUUCCAUACCUCGCUCAUUCGCCUGGACAGCAGCACCUUCAGGUCCAAGGUGGCCCGCUUCUCCAAUGACGCCAUGUGCCGCCUCACGGAGCAAGUGAUUUUCACGGAGCCGCUCAUGGCAGCCAAGAACAACAGGUGGACCUCCCCCCAGCUGGACGCCGACGUGGCAGCCCUGCAGUCCGACCCCGCUGCCCGCGCGGCGCUGAGCGGGCUGAAGGGGCUGUUCUGCGGCCGCCCGCAGGCGCUGCUGCAUGGGGAUCUGCACACGGGCUCCAUUAUGGUCACCGAGAGUGAGACGGCGGUGAUCGAUCCGGAGUUCGCCUUCUACGGCCCCAUGGCCUUUGACGUGGGCAAGAUCCUGGCCAAUCUGCUGCUCGCCUACUUCGCCGCGGAGGGGCACGAGGCGACGGAGGGGGCGGGUGCGCGGCAGGAGCAGAAGGCCUGGUUGCUGUCCUGCAUCCGCGACACCUGGGAGGGCUUCUCGUCGCUCUUCCUGCAGCUGUGGGGGCAGCUGGGCGGGGCGGGGGACCUGUACCCCGCCGCGCUGGUGGCCGGGGAGGCGCUGGAGGCCUGCCAGCGGGAGUUCAUGGGGCAGCUGUGGCACGAGACGGUGCAGUUCAUGGGUGCCUUCAUCAUCCGCCGGAUCGUGGGUAUCGCGCACGUGGCGGAUCUGGAAUCCAUCGCCGACCCGGAUACCCGGGCUGCGUGUGAGCGGAGGGCGCUGCGGUUCGGACGCAGGUUGCUGGUGGAGGGGUCCCGGGGGUCGGCGCCGCUGGCAGCUGUGGCGGACCUCACGCGGGAGGCGGAGGUGGCGAAGUGAGGGAGGGGGGAAGAGGGUAUGACACUUGCGGGGGUUACUCGGGGGGUUACUCGGAACGUGCGGGAGCGGGAGGGGCUCGCGUCGCGUCGUCGGGGAGUUGUGACUUGUGACUUGUGAGGGUGUUCAACUGGGCUGGAGGGCCUGCGGCGAGGGACGUGUGUAACGGACAUGCAUGGGUGGUGGAGGGUCUGGUGGUAGUGGUGGUAUAACGGCAUAGGGAGGGUAAGCGGUUGUAGGCCUCGUAGACUGGCUUAAGGGGCGGUGAAGCGACGAACUGUAGUGGUGCUGGGAAUAGGGAUAGGAAAAGAAGGCGGGUAAGGACUCUUGCGGGGGUUGCGGAUGCCUUUGGGCUUCUUCAGCAUGUGGAUUGCCUGGAGUGGAACGUCAAGGUGCGGCGUCCAGGCACCAUCCGGGGCGUGGAGGUGGGGCUCAGGUACACCAUGAGACGCACGGAUUGUAGGGAAGCAGGAGUACUGCACGGAACGCUAGGAGCAGGAGGGCACGGGACACGGCGGCUCAAGCAGGCCGAGCGCGGAACGUUCAAACAAUCAUUGUUAUCG